GAAAAUGACACGUAGAGGGUACAGACAACCUGGGAAAAUGAUAGAAUGAAGAUCCAAAUCCAAAUCCAAACUCCAAAGUAGUCCAGCUUUGAAUUACGAGAGUGAUCAGCAGAAAUUAGAAAUUAGAAAACAAAAAUGGGGAAGAAGAAGAAUCAAGUGUUCUGCGUAGGCACUGCUGAUACCAAGCUUCAAGAGCUCCGCUUCUUAUGUCAAUCGGUUUCCUCGCAUUUCAAUUCCUUUUCUCCCAAUUCCUCUCCGUCUCAGGUUCAAGUCACUCUAGUUGAUGUUUCCACGGGUCAGAAGGUGAUCCCGAGUUUGGAAGAUUUCCAUUAUGUUCCAAGAAAAGAUGUGCUAUCUUCCUAUCUUGGUCCUGGAAACCAAGAUUAUUUGCUUCCCAAUGACCGCGGCAGGGCGGUCACUAUAAUGAGUAAAGCUCUUGAACAUUAUAUAAAGAAAGCUUGUAAUGAUGAUCAUGUUGUAGUGGGAGUUAUUGGCCUUGGAGGCAGUGGAGGAACUUCUUUAUUGUCCUCCGCCUUUAGAAGUCUUCCAGUUGGGGUGCCAAAAUUCAUUGUUUCUACUGUAGCAAGUGGUCAAACUCAGCCUUAUAUUGGUACAUCAGAUUUGGUAUUGAUUCCAUCAGUUGUUGAUAUAUGUGGAAUCAAUCGAGUUAGCAGGGUUAUUUUGUCGAAUGCUGGAGCUGCGUUCGCAGGAAUGGUUCUCGGAAGCCUAGAACGGUCUGCUUGUGUUGAGGAAAAACCUACUGCUGGGAUUACUAUGUUUGGGGUCACCACCUCAUGUGUGGAUGCUGUUAAGAACAGGUUGCUCGAGGAGGGUUAUGAAUCUUUGGUGUUCCAUGCAACUGGGGUGGGGGGCAGGGCAAUGGAGGAUCUUGUAAAAGCUGGUCUUAUACAGGGUGUGUUGGAUAUCACAACAACAGAAGUUGCGGAUCAUGUUGUUGGAGGUGUCAUGGCAUGUGACAGCUCUCGCUUUGAUGCUAUCAUAGAGAAGAAGAUCCCCUUUGUCCUAAGUGUUGGAGCCUUGGAUAUGGUAAAUUUUGGUGCAAAGGACAGCAUACCUUCCAAGUUUCAGGAUAGAAAGAUUCAUGUGCACAAUGAGCAGGUGACACUUAUGCGGACCACAGCAGAUGAAAACAAAAAAUUUGCCGAGUUUGUUGCGUCCAAACUGAACAAGGCAUCAUCAAAAUUUUGUAUCUGCUUGCCAGAGAAAGGUAUCUCUGCUCUAGAUGCACCUGAAAUGCCUUUUUAUGACCCUGAAGCAACUGGCACUCUACUGAGUGAACUUCAGAGAUUGAUUCAGGCAAAUGAAGAUCGGAAGGUCAAAAAGUAUCCUUAUCAUAUCAAUGAUCCCGAGUUUGCAAAUGCAUUAGUUGAUGCAUUUCUAGAGAUUAGUAGCAAGAGUGCACCAGAUUCAAGUAGGGAGAAACUUUCAGCUGAUGAACACAAUCAAGAUGUUUGUGAAGAUGUAAAAACUGAAGCCAACUCUUCUAGUUUACCAUGCAUACAUUACAGCUUGAGUGAAUUCCCUGACGCAAAUAGAGACACUUUGCAAAGAAGAAAGACAAUAUUGCAGACAUUCAAUCAUCAAAUACGCGAAGGAAUUCCAAUAAUAGGUGCUGGUGCUGGGACAGGGAUAUCAGCUAAGUUUGAGGAAGCAGGCGGCGUUGAUUUGAUUGUCAUAUACAACUCUGGAAGAUUUCGGAUGGCUGGAAGGGGGUCUUUAGCUGGGCUAUUGCCUUUCGCUGAUGCAAAUGCAGUAGUUCUUGAAAUGGCAAAUGAAGUUUUACCAGUGGUGAAAAAUGUACCAGUUCUUGCUGGAGUAUGUGGCACUGACCCUUUCCGUAGAAUGGACUAUUUUCUUAAGCAAUUAGAAGCAAUUGGAUUUUCUGGGGUGCAAAAUUUUCCAACUGUGGGCCUCUUCGAUGGUAAUUUCAGGAAGAAUCUAGAGGAAACAGGAAUGGGAUACGGCUUGGAAAUUGAGAUGAUUGGUAAGGCACACAAAAUGGGCCUUUUGACAACUCCAUAUGCAUUCAAUGAAGAUGAAUCCAUAGGAAUGGCAAAAGCUGGUGCUGAUAUAAUAGUGGCACACAUGGGACUUACAACGUCUGGAUCAAUAGGUGCAACAACUGCUGUUACACUAGAUGAAAGUGUAACUCGUGUUCAAGCUAUUGCAGAUGCUGCCCACAAGAUCAGGCCAGAUGUUAUUGUGCUCUGUCACGGAGGUCCCAUAUCAGGCCCUAAAGAAGCAGAGUUCAUACUGAAGAGAACCAACGGAGUUCACGGGUUUUACGGGGCAUCUAGCAUGGAAAGACUACCCGUUGAACAGGCUAUAACAAGUACAGUUCAACAGUAUAAAUUAAUAUCACUCAACUGAAAUUCACUCAGAACUCAGAAUUCGAUUUCUGGAUUUUCUACAAUUGCUUCACCAAUAUGAGAAAUUUUGGUGAUCGAUCCAUUGAAAAUGAAGUAAUUGCUGUUGAAAUUUCAUGGCUUGUACAAGUUUGAAUAGGUAAAGAAUGAUGUUUUUGACUUUUGUCUUCGGUGAACCAAAAUUUACGUCAAUUGAAGUUUUACUAGCUUAUAUGUUGGGGUCAUCAUUAACUUCAAAAGUGGAAAGUCAUCAAUGUUGAAGGUGGGUUUGGAGUGCUUCUUAUGGGGACCCGAAAUGAACGAACCAACCUACCAUUUGCAAUGGGCAAUUACAUCAAUUUUCAGACUUCUAGCGUGUUUGAGAACUCUAAUGUAACGAGGAAAAGUGUGUAAAAUUGUUGAAAUAUGAGAAUUCCUUAAUUUUAACUUGUUUGGUAAUUUAAAUUGAAAGUGAGGAAAAUAAAAUGUGUGGAAAUUAAAUA